CCCCACUCGACCCGUGGAAGAAUAUCCACGACACGCGACGGCGUGAGAGACAGACGACGGGGCGACGCGAAGACGACGACUCGGCGAUCUCGCCGGCGAAGGCGACGGCGACGGCGACGCGACGCCUUCCCCUCCACCGCCGGCUCUCUCUUCCGCCGGCGACGUUCUCCCCGAUCACACCUGCCCCUGUGAGAGUCGGAGAAGACGAGCCCCCUCCAUCCUGGGAUAUAGUUCCUGAUCCGGUCUUCGAAGCUUUGCAAUGGAUAUGAGCAUUAGAGAUCGUAUUAGGAAGAGGCGGGAGGAGGAUGACGAUGAUCUCAUGAUAUUAAUCAUCCCUGCUCUGCAUCAUUUGGGUUAUCUUGGAGGGAGGGUUGCUGAGCCACAACAUAUACCAUUGCUAACCGGGGCAGAAAAAGUCAAGGAGCUGCUUGAAGGCCCUGUCAAGAAAUGUAGGAUUGCAUUCAGAAUGGAGCCUUACAUUUUCAAAGCCUUGGCAAAUUAUCUUAGAAAGGAAAAGUUGGUGCGUGAUACUAGGAUCAAGGUUGAGGAAAAGCUAGGGUUCUUUCUAUAUAUGCUUAGCCACAAUGCAUCAUAUGGAGAUCUGCAAGUCUUCUUUGGGCAUAGCAACGAUACGUUCCAUAAUGUUAUGAAGCGGUUCUUCGAUAUUGUUGUCCCUGCCCUCAACUUGCGAUUUCUAAAGGCUCCUUCAAAUCAAGUACAUCCAAAAAUUCAUCAAGAUAACAGAUUUUAUCCUUACUUCAAGAAUUGCCUAGGCGCGAUUGAUGGAACCCACAUCCCCGUAUCUGUAUCACCAGAACAAGCCGCACCUUUCAGAAAUAGGAAAGGGACACUAAGCCACAAUGCGAUGGUAGUUUGCAAUUUUGAUCUGAACAUAACCUAUGUAUCUGCUGGAUGGGAAGGAUCAGCAACUGAUGCUAGGGUUCUUAGAUCUGCAAUGAACACACCUGUUGGGAAGUUUGAAGUACCUCCAGGAAAGUUUUAUCUAGUAGAUGGCGGUUAUGCCAACACAGCAUCCUUCCUUGCACCCUACCGUAAGGUGAGGUACCAUUUGAAGGAGUUCGGACAUGGACACCGGAGACCUCAAAACUACAAAGAGCUUUUCAACCAUCGCCACGCCGUCUUAAGGAAUCAUGAUGAAAGGGCGUUGGGUGUCUUAAAAAAGCGAUUUCCGAUCCUCAAAGUGGCGACCUUUCACAAAUUGGAGAACCAAGUAAAGAUUCCCUCGGCUGCUGCGGUUUUGCAUAACAUCAUUCGAUCAAUGAACGGAGAUGAGAAGUGGUUAGAUAACCAGCCAAAUAAUAUUGACCCAAUACAUUUUGUUGAUCUACCAGAUGGUGAUCAAGGAAAUGAUGAAGCAAAUAUCGAAGGCAACAACUUAAGAGACUCAAUAGCUCAUGCAAUGUGGGCUGAUUACCAGCAUCGUAGAAACUAGUGGGAUGUAAUAAGUGUCUCGUUUUAAUAUUCCUCGUGUUAUGAAUAUUGUAUGAUGAACAAGUGUUACAUUUGUUA